AUGCCAGCAGAUGAGGUACAAGAAACUCCACAGGAAGAAGUUCAGAUACAACCAGACAUGGAAGAAAUAGUUCAGCAACAACAGCUAGAAGAGCCUGAAGGAAACGAACAAGUCACUCCUUUGGAAACUAACUUCACAGAACUAGAUGAAGAUUUGGAACAGCCGAAAAAUCUUGACCCUCAACAAGAGUAUGCGGAGAAUAUGGAAUCUUUCCAAGAGUCUAAGAAAAAUUCGGCUGACAUAGUAGAAGAAUAUCGAAAAAUGUUUGCCGACAUACAAAAGACUCCAACACCAGAUGAAAAUAUUCAGCAUAGAAUGGAAGUACUGAAAGAAAAUGUACACAAAUACAACAACCCUUUUUACUUACGAGCAUUUAACGUUCAAUCUUCGGAUGAACUCGGUGAAAAUAAAAGGUUAAAUUUCAACAAAACAUAUAGAAAUGAAACAUUGUUUAAAGUUCAUUCAGAACCUAACCAAGAUGGAAACAAACCUACUUUUGUUUCUGCAGACUAUGGAACUACAAUGAGAUGGGGUCAUAAAGCUAAUCCGGAUAGGUGGUUCAUAAACUUACAACCUCAAUUCCAAGAAGUUGUAGACGCAAUGGAAGUGAAUGGUGAACGAGAUAUAGCUGGUAUUUUAAGCGCGGCUUUAAUGCCAUUGAAAGAUAUGAAACAUGCAGAUAUUUUGGACCAGUAUGAAAUGAACAUGGCUGAUGGAAAUAUAACACCUGACGUUCUAGAACAUUUAUCUCAAAGAACUACACAGAACCAUAGAGAUGGUAUAUUUGGUGAAGAGUUUAGAAAGAAAGUUAGGGAGGGAGAAGGAAGAGAACCUAUUGUACAUGACCUUGCAAACGAAAGUUUACAAAAUGUCAUAAAAACUUACUUUGCAGACAAUGAACCGAGAAGGGAUGAAUAUUUAAGAAAACUCAAAUGGACAGUACCAAAUGAAAUGUUAGUAUUGAAAAACAUGUUCCUUGACAAAAUAAAACCAACUACAGAAAUAAAUGACGCAAGACUGAAACAUUGGGUAAAAGCUUUCCCAUUCACAAAAGAUAUUAUUGGUAACAUGGAAAGAAAACCAGAAUGGCUACAAAAACAUAUAUUUGGAAACGAGCUUAUUCCAUAUGGACAAGCUCUGUUUGAAGAGCUAGAACCGGAAACUCAGGAAAGAGUCAUGCAAACAAUACGCGAAGACUCAAAUACAAACUAUGACAAAAUCUUUCUAGGAUAUAGGUUACCUGAGAUGGGCGACCAGAGCCCAAAGGCAAAAAGGACAUGGGAAAUUUACAACAUACUAGGUGAACAUGAGGCAAAGAUGCAACAACUUGAAGCAGAGGGCAAGUUACCAAAAGCGACACAAAAGAAGAAGAGAAGAGUAAAACAAAGUGAAAGUAGUGAAGAAGUAACUUCAUCUAGUGAAAGUAGUGGCAAUGAAGGAAAAAGAAGAGUUAAAAACUCAGUCAGGAAGAAAGUAAAGCUUGGUCCGAGUGGGUUCUAUUAUGACACAUAA